AAUGAGAUGUUAAAAGGGAGGUUGCUAAAAUUUUCUAAUGGUGCUUUAAUCAUUGGCCCUUGUUUUCUAUGCCAUACAACGAAAUUUGACGUAGAUUGAGUGUUCUCCAUCUUGCUCCAGUGAGAUCAAGAUGGUGGUAGGGAGAAUUUCUAAAUAGUAAUCAAUAUUUCUCGGAUUGGUUUGGAUAUAAGAAUUGUUGGUUUUUUUUUUUUUUAAGAACUAGGGGAGCAAAGAUUAAGAGCUAUGUAACAUUGAAUUAUAUCAGGUUUAUUAGAAGUGAGUAGUGAGAGAGUGGAUAAUUAGAGAGAGAACCUCUCGUUUAUGGGUGGAUCUAUUAACAUUUCUUGUUUUAUUGAUCUCUUGUAAAAAAAAAAACAUGUUGUUGUAUAACGUAUAAAGUCGCUGUAUAAAAUUCCGAAGUUGUGUUCCCCAACUUUUUUAGCCGGCAACCCUCUGGGCACUGGGCUCUGUGAGUGUGAGUGUGAGUGGAAUGUUGCAGUGAAGAGAAGUGUUAAUCAGAUAUGCCGCUAAAAAAAGAACCUUGCAGAAAUUUUCAGCGUGGCAAUUGUCGCUUUGGUGAUAGAUGUAAAUUCUUGCAUGUCACUCAGCAACAGCCAAAAUCCAACGUUUUUGGGUUUGGUUCACAGACUGCCACACCUUUCCAGCAACAGAAGCCCAAUCCUUUUGGUUUUGGCGUCCAGAAUAGUGGGCCAACCAGCGGAGCUCCAUUUUCUGGAGGGCAUGGGCAAUUUAAUUCAUCCAAGCCUUUUGAAAACAAAUGGACACGUUCAGAACAACCAACCAAUCAGUCUCAAGCUGCUAGUCACAAUUGCACAGAUCCUGAUUCUUGCAAACGCCAAUUUGUUGAAGAUUAUCAGCACGAGAGACCACUGUGGAAGCUAACUUGUUAUGGACACUAUAAAUACUUGCCAUGUGAUAUUACUGGUGACAUAAGUUUUGAAGAAUUGCGGGCAGUGGCAUAUGAUGAUGCUAAACGUGGCACUAGUUUGCCGUCAAUUGUUGAAAGAGAGAGGAGUUUAGUGAAUUCCAAGUCGUCUGAAUAUGAUAAGUUGCUUCAAAAUCCUUACACAAAGAAUGCAACACCUCCUGCUCAGUUGAACCAAAGUCCAUUUCCUGCGUUGAAUGUCAACUCACCUUCACCAACCCCUCAAAAUAUUGGUCCUUCUCUAUUUUCAACUUCAAGUCAACAGAAUCCGUCCCCUAACUUGUCAUUUGGUGUGAGGCCUUCUACUCCACCUAAUAGUGGCUUUGGGCAAUUCCAAGGCCAUCCUGGUCCUGCUGGGAGUAAUAUUUCUCCGUCAGGUUCCUUUGGUACUCAAGCACCUACACAAACAGGGGGAAGUCUGCUGGCUGGCAACGUAGGUGGCUUCGGCAAUAGUGGCAUGAAUAGUCAAGGCUUCGGUAAUAGUGGCAUGAAUAUUCAAGGCUUCGGCAAUAGUGGCAUGAAUAGUCAAGGCUUCGGCAAUAGUGGCAUGAAUAGUCCAGGUACUCACUUUCCUGCACAAACAGGGGGAACUACCUUUACUCCCAGUGCAGGAAGCGUCAGCAAUAUUGGCGUGAGUAGUCAAGCCCCUCAAGUCUCCGUGCAGACAAGUGGGGUUCCAAAUGCUUCCUUUGUAGGAGGGUUUGCUAUGCAUAGUCAAGGUAGCCAAUUACCUUCAACUUCAUCAGUAUCACUACACACUCAGACUUCAGCAGUCAAUAAUUCAUCUACGCUCUUCAACGGACUUAGUGGCCCUAAUGGCGUUCAACAAACAAUAGACAACAAUCCCCAAGAGGCCUCAGCUACAGAUGCAAGCAUUUGGCUGAAAGAAGAGUGGAAACUUGGAGAGAUUCCAGAGCAGCCACCUCCGGAAGCUUAUGUUAGAUAGACUUUUUUCAUGGCUUCACGUGGUAGCCGAACUUCGACCCCUCAAUAACUAAAGUGUAUAAUUGUUGCUGUUUAAAGUAAAAAGCUGUUCUGAAGUUCAAUUCAUAGACUAAAUCAUGCCUGCUCCUAUGUGACGGUAUGUCAGGGAACAUUCUGUUUUCCACAUAGAUUGAGUUGAUCAGAUCAGAUCAUAUCCGAGGACAUCAAUGUUCAUACAGACUUGUUAGUAGAAGAAUCGCCUCAACUUAUAUGACUAAUACGAGGAUUCGCUUUUUGUACUGAUGAUAGACAUAUACUAUGAUAUUUUUGUAACGUUAGCAAUAUAAUAUUAAUGUAAGGGGACGUUUGUUUCAAAUAAGCAUAAUAGUUCUGUGGUUGAGUCAUGGAAGGGAGUAAUUUGUGCAUAAUAAUUUCUUGUUAUUUGUUUAAUUUGAUUGUAACCUAUACUUUAUCAGCAUAUUACAAAUGUUCCCCACAACUUCUGACAUCUUUUAGAUAUCUUUGAGUAUGUAUUUUAUCUUGUAUGAUUUCCGA